AUGAAGUCUGCAGGCAGGCUCUUCUACCUCUCGCUCUUCGCCCUCUGGGCGGCCCCUUCUUCCUGCUCGUCCCAGGAAUGCGUGAUCUCCCCCAAGUCUAUUGUCGACGAUGCCUGCGCCUCGUUCGCGACGCUCGAGAAGCUCAACGGCAACGUCAAGCCCUCGCUCGAUACCCUGGUCCGGUCGACCGACUUCUUCUCGUACUACCGCCUCAAUCUCUUCAACAAGCGAUGCCCCUUUUGGGACGACGAGAACGGCAUCUGCGGCAACGUGGGAUGCGCGGUCGAGACGCUGGAUAACGAGGAGGACAUCCCCGAGGUGUGGCGCACCAGCGAGCUGAGCAAGCUCGAGGGUCCCCACGCCAAGCACCCCGGCCGGACGGCCCAGCGCCAGCACCCGGACCGACCGCUGCAAGGCGAGCUCGGCGAGGAGGUCGGCGAGAGCUGCGUGGUCGAGUACGACGACGAGUGCGACGAGCGCGACUACUGCGUUCCCGAGGACGAGAGCGCCAGCUCCAAGGGCGACUACGUGAGCCUUCUCCGCAACCCGGAGCGCUUCACGGGCUACAGCGGCGAGGGCGCCAAGCAGGUCUGGGACGCCAUCUACCGCGAGAAUUGCUUCCAGAAGAGCUCCUUCCCGCACUCGGCCGACCUCGGCGUCUCCGUGUGGCCCGCGGGCCCGGCCGCGCUCGACUUCAAGCACGUCAUGGACGCCGCCGGCCGGCACGCGCAGCUCCAGGCGCAGCGCCUUCAGCAUCCCGAGGUGCCGUUUGUGGCCAACACGGGCUUCGAGGUCGACGACGAGUGCCUCGAGAAGCGCGUCUUCUACCGCGUGGUGUCGGGCAUGCACGCGAGCAUCAGCGCCCACCUGUGCUGGGACUUUCUCAACAAGACGACGGGCCAAUGGCAGCCCAACGUGGCAUGCUACGUGAACCGCUUCGAGGGCCACGCCGACCGCGUCAGCAACCUGUACUUCAACUACGCGCUCGUGACGCGGGCCGUGGCGAAGCUGGGACCGUAUUUGCGGGACUCAAAGUACACGUUCUGCACCGGCGACCCGGCCGAGGACCAGGCGACGCGGGCCAAGGUGCUCGAGGUGGCGCAGCGGGCGGCCAGCGUGCCGCAAAUCUUUGACGAGAGCCUCAUGUUUGUCAACGGCGAGGGCCCGUCCCUUAAGGAGGACUUCCGCAACCGCUUCCGCAACAUCAGCCGGCUCAUGGACUGCGUCGGGUGCGACAAGUGCCGCCUCUGGGGCAAGAUCCAGACCAACGGCUACGGCACGGCGCUCAAGGUGCUCUUCGAGUUUGACAACGAGAGGGAGCUGCCGGUGCUGAAGCGCACGGAGCUGGUCGCCCUGUUCAACACGUACGCGCGGCUGAGCGAGGCGCUGCGGGUCAUUGGCGAGUUUAGGGAGAUGGCCAAGAAGCAGAAGAGCGACGUCGCGUCGCCGAACCCAGACGCUGUAGAGCAGGCCAAGGCAAAGACCAAGACCGACACCAAGACGGAGCCUAGGGGGAGGGCAGACGAGUAUGAGGAGGACGAGGCGGUGCGCGAGUUUGUCGCGCUUCGGUUGCGGGGGCCCAAGAGCGACUCCCUGUACCACCACUUCACCUUUGAGGUGGAGCGGUUCAGGGCGGCCGUCAAGAUUGUCAUCAGCGGGUGGCUUCGGGCGCCCAGGACAUUCUGGAACAUCAUCACAUCAGAGACGGUGCGCCUGUACCAAUUCUGGGUGGGCCUGCCGGUGAACCCGCGGCAAUGGAAGGUGACGCUUCCAGACAUCAACCGGAACGAACUGUAG